AUGAACACCAAUAUAUCGCACUACACUAAGGAAUACAUAAGAAGUAUGUACCAAAGAUGUUUAACGAAAAAACCACAAUGUUACAAGAUGGAUCGAGAAAAGGAUCGGCCAUCAGUAUUGGGGCUGCGUUUAGCAACUCUGGUUGUGGUGAUAGCGUUGCUGACGAUGCAUCUUCGGUCGGUUCGGGUGUUCCGCUGGGAGCAGUCGGUGUCUGGAGGGUUGCUUGUGACGUAUUCGCUGUCCACUCUCGGCCUUGCGCUUUGUGCCGGCAUCGAGAGGUGUGGCGGCAACGCUUUCCAGGCAUUCAUUUGUGGAGUCGGAUCCGCGCUGUUCGCAGUGAACGCGGCGACGAUAUGGCGUCGGUGGCGCAACGUGGACGACCUGACGCGCGUCGUCGCAGAGCUCCUGGACGCCCUGGGAGUUCGACUGGGGCGUCAGAUCAUAAUUAAAGUGCUGCUCAGUACUGCGACCGCUGUAUUGUUACUGGUCGACCUGGUACUUUCGCCUUUGUUGAGGCCUUACGAUUAG